AUGUUCCAUUGGUGUUUUGGUUAUGAAUAUAUAAUCUGGUCUUUUGGCUACUGUCGACUUGUUAAUUUCUGCAGAGACAGCCGUCUCUUUGCGGUUAUGGCUGCAAAAUCAGCCAGCGAAGCCGAGGAGGAUGAUAAGCCGAAGGUUAACCCAUAUAAACUGGGUACAUACGAUCUUGUUCGUUUGAGGAUCAAUCGUUUGAUGGAACACCCGGAAGUACCUGUCGUUAUUCCGGAGUCGACAAGAAAUAUACAGCCCAAGGGACCACCAGAAUUCGUCAGAAAUGUCUGGGGUAAGUUUUUCGUAUUUGUUUGA